CCUAUAUCACUCAGUUUCUACUCCAAUUUCUGUUUGCAUAGAAGGAAAUAAAGAGAAAGGACAUCGACUUUGAUCCUUGCAGCGUCUCUCCGCCGGCAAAGACAGAAUGGAGUACGAUCCCAAAGUCCCGACCUACCAGACGUCGGACCCCACAUCCUUUGCUCACAAGUCUGCACGGGAGCGAUGGCCGGCCAUAAUCACAGGCGCCAUAGACGACGUUCACCGGACCGUCUCCAAGCUGCCCGACUCGGACAAGGAUGCCUUGGCAGAGGGCAAAUCCAUCAUCUCGACGCUCGGGUCGCUAAAGUACGAGUUACAACAUAAUCGGAAAUUGUCGCCGAUCCCGGACGACGGGUACCCGGACGUGGAAGGAUACAACCAGGAGCUGGCGGCGCGGGGGCCCCCGACGUGGCACAACGUCGAGUGGCUGUUCGCGGAAUGCUACCUGUACCGCCGAGUGGCGACGCUGUUCUCGACGGCCCAGACCCGGUUCUGGCGCGACUACGACCCGUUCUACCGGCAGAAGAUGGAGACGUUCAAGUCGUCGCGGCCGGCGGUGCUGGAGCUCGCGGCCGAGUACCGCGCGAUCAUGGCGCGGAUCCAGUCCUCCAAGGCGCACGCGCCGGUGGCGGCCGGGGUGACGGACGCGCGGCAGAUCGAGGACGCCGAGAGGCUGCUGUUCGUCGAGAUGGCCGAGAUCUGCCUGUGGGGCAACGCCACGGACCUGUCGCUCCUCACCAGCCUGACGUACGAGGACAUCCAGAAGCUGCAGGGCAGCGGCGCGCGCAAGGAGGCGGAGAAGAACGUCCUGGUCAACGACCUGGGGCGGGCGUUCCAGGUGCUUCACGCCGCGCACCGCGCCGGCAAGGGGCGGCGCCGCGUCGACAUCGUGCUGGACAACGCCGGCUUCGAGCUCUUCGUCGACCUCGUGCUGGCCGGGUACUUGCUCGCCACGGGCCUGGCCACCGAGGUCGUCCUGCACCCAAAGGACAUCCCCUGGUUCGUCAGCGACGUCGUGCCCAAGGACUUCCAGGCCCUGCUCCAGGCCAUGGCCGACCCGAAGGCGUUCUACGAGAAGAAGAAUAAUCCCGAUGACGACGACAACGCCGGGAAGACAUCGUCGCCGCCACCAGCACCGCUGUCGGACGAAGAGGCCGCCAACAUCCAAUUCCUCUUCGACCACUGGAGCCACCUGCACAGCGAGGGCAAAUUGAUCCUCCGGCCGAACCGGUUCUGGACCCACGCCGGCAGCUUCUGGCGCAUGCCGCACGUCGCGCCGGGCCUGGUGGAGGAUCUGAAGGAGAGCGAGCUGGUGAUUUUCAAGGGGGACUUGAACUACAGGAAGUUGACUGGCGAUGCUGCCUGGCCCGCCACCACACCCUUCACGGAAGCCAUCGGUCCACUCGGCCCGUCAUCAGGCAUCAGAGUGCUCGCGCUGCGCACAUGCAAGGCAGACGUCGUAGUCGGGCUACCCGAAGGCAAGGACGAAGAGACCCGCGGAAUGGAAGGCGGCGGCGGCGACUCGGGGGCGAGAAUGUGGGCGUGGAGCGGCAAGUGGGCCGUCGUGCAGUUCUCUGAUGGCAAGGCUUGAGGACUCACUGGGCUAGAAGAAGCUCUCCGUUUCUUUGUGGUUGUUUCUCCUCAACACAAGCGAUCUUUGAGCGCUAGAGCAGCAGGUAGACCAGAGCCUGGACAGGGACAGUUUUAGAAAAUAGAUGGAUGGAGAACAGAGAACUGGUAACAAGUUCCGGGGUCGACAGACAAUAGCCAGUGAGGUUCGACGUGAUUGAUAUAUUCCACUGGACAGAUGAGCAUUGACGAGGCUGUAAU